GAUACUUUGGAGCAUUGUUUCAUUUCCUACAUUGUAAGUUUGACUGCACAAAACAGUUUAAAAACUUCUGGAAAAAUAACUUUCAUAAAACCCAAAGUGAAAUGGAGACGUCAAAAGUGCUUGGCUACGUGGAUUACAUUGUAAUGGGACUUUCUCUGGUAAUGUCGUUGGUAAUCGGAGUCUAUUUUUCUCGCUCUGGCGGGAAACAACGCUCUGUGGAGGAGUACCUGAUGGGAAACCGCCGGAUUACGUGUCUUCCGGUGGCAUUGUCGCUGCUUGUCACAUUUCAAUCAGGCAUCAGUUUAUUAGGACUUCCAGUGGAAAUUUACUACUACGGAACACAGAUCUACAUGGGAAUUGUGGGUCUGGUUGUCGGCUAUUCAAUCGUUGCCAUUUUCAUCGUCCCUGUUCUUCAUCCUCUCCAAAUCACUAGUGUGUAUGAGUAUCUGGAAAUGAGGUUUCAGUCCAGAUCAGUUAGACUGGUAGGCUGUGUUUUAGGACUUCUGUUUACGAUGACGUACAUGGCAGUUUGUCUAUUCCUUCCGGGACUUGCAUUGGAAUCUGUUACUGGGUUCCCUAAAUGGGCUUCUAUAGUUGUUGUUGCUGUCGUUGUUAUAAUUUACACUAUGUUGGGAGGAUUAAAAGCCGUGGUGUGGACGGACGUGUUUCAGUUCGUCGUAAUGUUGGCCGGUAUUUUGACACUCUUAAUAAAGGUUUGUCAUCAGAGAAGCGUGGAAGAACUAUGGAACACAGCCAAAGCUGAAGAUAGGCUUCAAUUUUUCAAUUUUGAUGCUGAUCCGACAAAUAGGCAGACGUUUUGGGCAGUGACCAUAGGGACUAUCACCUCAUGGAUAGGAAACGCUCUAAGCCAGUCCGGAAUUCAAAGAAUCUGCGCAACAGAAUCUAUAGGAGAAGCAAGAAAGUCUGUAUUUUUCAACCUACCUGCCGCUGUGUUAUACGAGAGCCUGAUGACAUUUCUGGGCGUGGUUAUGUUUGCUUAUUUCUCUAUUGCCAAAUGUGAUUUACUAGGUGCUGGGCUAGUUCAGAGUUCGAAUGAGAUUGUGCCGUAUUUCAUGAUGGACCAGUUGGCUGAGAUUCCGGGAUUGGCGGGUCUCUUUCUUGCUAGUUUUUUCAGUGCUACUUUAAGUACAAUGUCCUCUGGACUAAAUGCCAUCUCUGCCCUGGUCUGGGAGGACAUUAUACAGCCCUACUUCCAAUGCUUCUCUCUGAGACAAGGGUCUAUUGUCACCAGGAGUACAGUUCCUGUUUUUGGUAUUAUAAUCGUUGGGAUGUCAUUCCUGACAAUGAAUUUACCUGGAACAAUAACACAGAUUACUUUAGGGACCCUAUCUGCAACAUCGGGACCUCUCGUGGGAGUCUAUCUAUUAGGAAUGAUUUUCCCAUGGGCCACAGCUAAGUCUGCCGUUGUGUCUGGGGUUCUUGCCUUUUCUCUAUGUCUGUCUAUGACCAUUGGAUCGAACCUAUAUCCCACCAAGUAUCCUCAACUCGACCCUAUCCCUACAUACGGCUGUCCUGGAUUCAACUCCACACUAAAUCCCCAAUAUAAUGUCUUAAACCAUUCCGUCAAUACCACGAUUAGUGAACAGUAUGAUAAAAGACCGAAUGACGACAAAUUUGAACCUUUUGAUGCAUUAAACCAUACUUUGAUUCCUACCACUGGACAAAGCGAAGAUGACAGGCAUGUAUACACACCUUGGCUUUUCCGAGUCUCGUUUCUAUGGUACCACGUGAUCGGUGUCGUCACUACUGUCGUUAGUGGAGUCAUUCUUUCUGUUGUAUCAGGUGGACUUUCGGACAUACCAUGUGAGGAGAGGUUUGUCUUCCUUUUCGUCAGAAGACUAACUUGUUACCGGAAGCGAUUGAAAAUCAAGCAGCCAUUGGCCCAUUAUGCAGAAUUCAGGGCUUCCUUUCGGUCAAAAUACGACGAAGAAAAUCGUGCAUCUUUCCGGUCCACAGGAAAACCCAUUGAAAAUCGCGUGCAGACCAGAGCAGGACGAGUUUAAUGGUUUGGGGAAGUAAAAGAAAAAAAAAAUACUCACCAUUUGUAGAAUGCACUGUAUCUUUUAUCAGAAAAACUGUUGAACAGAAAUAGAAAAAAGUGUCAUUUUAAAAAGAGAAUAAAAUUAUUAAUGAAUUAAAAUAACAUUUUCACUUUCUUUCUAUUUUUCAUAAAUAAAUUCAUACUCACCAGCAAAUAUAAUCCCCAGAAGCAUGAUUUCAUUUUUCAGUAAAAACUGUCUUUCGCCUGGUGCUCAGCAAUGAACUGAUCAGCUGAGACUGUGACAGAUAACUGGUUGUUAGAUCGACAUUGAUCAUUCGGACACCUUGAUGCGUCCAUGUAUUUUCCGAUACAAAAGCAAAAGUAAACAUUAUCGGUAAAUGGAACUGAAAAGUGCUAUUUUAUUUUGAUUAACAGCGUUCAAAAUUUAAACCGUUUGAUUACUCAGUAAGGUCGUCCACAUCCCGUCUGUGAUUCGGACUUAAUAUUUACAUCUCUUUUUUUUAUUUCAAAAAUUUAUUUUCUUUAAAGAUAAUAGAAAUAAAUGUAAUAAUUACUUCAUUCAUACACUUUUUUGAUAUUUUUACUCUUUAACGUUAAAACAAUGACUGUAUUUUGUCAAUGAGAUAUUAUCUUGGGUAAGUAAAA